GCCCCCUCGCCCCUGCUCUGAAAGCCGUGGCUGGCGCGCAGACGUAGAACCAGAGAAAGUCUUCACGUGGCCUUUGGGACGUGCCACUGGCCUUUUCCUAAACAGGUAACGGAGGCGUGAGGCGGGCCCGUGGCGGAAGGCUCGCUCCGGGCCGGAGGUCGUGGCCGCACUCGGGGAGAGACCCGUUCGACUCCGGACUCCUGCGCAUUGUCUGGCCGGCGACCGCCGUGCCCACAACAAACAUGGGCCUGCUCGCCCCGAUCCCGCCGGGACGCGCGCUUCGGCAGCCAUCUUUCUCAAGGGCAGGGCGCGCGCAGGAAGGUCGGGCCCCACCUGGCUCCGAGGACGCCGGCGGCCUGGAAAUCAACAGGCGUCCAAUGGGAAGCGGCGCUUUCGCCGGAACAGCGUCUCCUUGCGACCGGAAGGGGCUGCGCCGCAGCAAGUGGGACCAGCCCGCUCCGGCCCCCCUGCUCUUCCUCCCGCCGUCGGCCCCGGCGGGGGAGGUUCCCAGCAGCGGGGGAAGCCCUGGGGGCUCCGCGGCCGCUCCCUCUGGCGCCCUGGAUGCUGCUGCUGCUGUGGCCGCCAAGAUCAAUGCCAUGCUCAUGGCCAAGGGGAAGCUGAAGCCGGCCCAGAGCGCCGCUGAGAAGCUUCAGGCUGCUGGCAAAGGCCUCACCAGCAGUAAAAGCAAGGAUGACCUGGUGGUAGCUGAGGUCGAAAUCAACGAUGUGCCUCUCACAUGCCGGAACCUGCUGACUCGAGGGCAGACUCAGGACGAGAUCAGCCGACUUAGUGGGGCUGCUGUGUCAACUCGAGGGAGAUUCAUGACCGCUGAGGAGAAGGCCAAAGUGGGACCAGGGGAUCGUCCGUUAUACCUUCAUGUUCAGGGCCAGACACGGGAAUUAGUGGACAGAGCCGUAAACCGAAUCAAAGAGAUUAUCACCAACGGGGUGGUCAAAGCUGCCACGGGGACAAGUCCAACUUUCAAUGGUGCGACAGUCACUGUGUAUCACCAGCCAGCGCCCAUUGCACAGUUGUCUCCAGCCGUCAGCCAGAAGCCUCCCUUCCAGUCAGGGAUGCAUUACGUUCAAGACAAGUUAUUUGUGGGUCUGGAGCACGCUGUGCCCACCUUCAACGUCAAGGAGAAAGUGGAAGGUCCAGGCUGCUCCUAUUUGCAGCACAUUCAGAUUGAAACGGGCGCCAAAGUCUUCCUCAGAGGGAAAGGCUCGGGCUGCAUCGAGCCAGCAUCCGGCCGAGAAGCUUUCGAACCGAUGUACAUUUACAUUAGUCACCCCAAACCAGAAGGCCUGGCUGCUGCCAAGAAGCUCUGUGAGAACCUCUUGCAAACAGUUCAUGCUGAAUACUCUAGAUUUGUGAAUCAGAUUAAUACUGCUGUGCCCUUACCAGGCUAUACACAACCCUCUGCUCUAAGUAGUGUCCCUCCUCAGCCACCAUAUUAUCCAUCCAAUGGCUAUCAGUCUGGUUACCCUGUUGUUCCCCCUCCUCAGCAGCCGGUUCAGCCUCCCUAUGGAGUCCCAAGCAUAGUGCCACCAGCGGUCUCUCUGGCACCUGGAGUCUUGCCAGCAUUACCUACGGGAGUCCCCCCUGUGCCAACACAAUACCCGAUAACGCAAGUCCAGCCCCCCGCUGGCGCUGGCCAGAGUCCGAUGAGUGGGCCUUUCAUUCCUGCUGCUCCUGUCAAAACUGCCUUGCCUGCGGGCCCCCAGCCCCCGCCCCCGCCCCCGCCCCCACUCCCAGCUCAGCCCCAGGCGCAGAAGAGGCGAUUCACAGAGGAGCUGCCAGAUGAGCGAGAGUCUGGACUUCUUGGAUACCAGCAUGGACCCAUUCAUAUGACUAAUUUAGGUACAGGCUUCUCCAGUCAGAAUGAGAUUGAAGGUGCAGGAUCGAAGCCGGCAAGUUCCUCAGGCAAAGAGCGAGAGAGGGACAGGCAGUUGAUGCCUCCACCAGCCUUCCCAGUGACUGGAAUGAAAGCGGAGUCUGAGGACAGGAAUGGGUCCGGGGCCGGCGCAGGGGGCCACGAUUAUCCGGUCAAGAAGAUGAAAACUGCAGAGAAGGGCUUCGGGUUGGUGGCGUAUGCUGCAGAUUCGUCUGACGAAGAGGAGGAGCACGGGGGUCAUAAAAAUGCAAGUAGUUUUCCACAGGGCUGGAGUCUGGGGUAUCAGUACCCUUCAUCGCAACCACGAGCUAAACAGCAGAUGCCAUUCUGGAUGGCCCCAUAAGGAAACAGCGGAACAGAGCUUUGACCCUCGGUGACUCUCUUUAGCAAUAAUGCAUGCAUUUGAUUUAAUAAGACUCUGGGGCCUGUACUGGGAACCAUCAUGGACCUUUGCAGAAGUUAGAGAUGCAGUGUCCCCUUUCUUAAAGGGGUCUCAUUCUUUUCUAAACAUCCUUGUUUCUGCAGUGGCAUAGUAUCUUAAAAUUUACUUAGAAUCACAAACUUGUCUCAGAAGCUUUUUAACAGUCGGUGAAAUGUGCUUGUCCAACAGAGCGUCCCAGCAGGGUCACUCCAGUAUACCUUUGACCUGUCCAGCCUCUUCCACAUGAAUGUCCCCAAUUCUGACAAAAAGAAAGUUUUCUUUGUAAUUUACUACUAUUUGGUCCAUUUUGCUGACGACUGGUUGCAAACAAAGCCUUACUAUGUAUUAGUGCGGAGAUGAUUUUAAGUCCGGCCUUUCCUUUCUGCACCUUUAAACUAAGAACAGUUCAUCCUUAUUUGAUUUUUGCAUUCUUUUCUGUUUUGGAAAAUGCAGUUUUACUAAUUUAAAGCUGUUGGAUUUAGCUGGAUCCUGCGUAGGAAUAUGGAGGGUUUUCCCUUCAUUAUGUCUUUUUAACGGGAUGAUGCAAAGCAGGCACCAGCAGGCUCUAUAGUCCCGGAAAGUCAUUGCAGUUUUUAUUGCCCUAUUCAUAAGCUCCAUGUCUUCAGCUGGGUCCGAGAAAACUGCUUGAUCCAAAGCUGGUCAGAACUCAGCACAGAAGUGAAAAACAGUGAUCUGUCUCAGAACUGGUCGCAGCCAAAGUAGAGACUUGACUGCUCACGAUAGGACGGAUGGUGGACCUAGUGACCGAAAUGGCAACUUGUCCUUUUUCUUGGCAUGACAUUACAGGUUUUGCCAAAAGAACUUUUUUGUAUCAAAUACUGAUGUGUGAAAGGAGGAGCUAGUCUGCUGAACCAGGAGUAGUUUGGGAUACGAACUGUCAGUUUUUGCACAUUUGAAUCCUUUGCGGGCUGGCUUUGUAUAAACAUAUUCUCUGGUUUCCUAUAUGUUGUAAAUACUUAGACCAUAAUUUCAUUAUAAAUAAAUGUAUAAAUACUC